AUGUCAAAGUUCCUGACGACGUUGAUCUUCCUCUUUGCAUUUUUACAUGGGGGAGGAAGGUUGGCCCUGUCUGUGGGGAUACGCCAGAAGGGGCCACGCCUUAUUAAUCGGCUAAGCGAAGUAAGGAGCAUCCCCGGUGGAGAAGUAACAAGGGGUCCAAAAUAUAGGGUAAACACAUACCAAAGGAAGAGAGAGGUAAAAAAAAGAGGAAAAGAAAAUUUCUUCAUUGGGUGUACUAGCAACCCCUCAGGAAGUCGCAAAGAUGGUUAUAGGCAAAAAGGCAAUGUAAGAAGGAAAAAAACCUUCCUGUUUGACGAGGGAGAGAAUGAAAAGAUGGAAUCCGUGGAUCCAGAAUUGUAUGAAAGUCUAAGCGGCUGCAUCGAAAACGAAAUGAAGGAUAACUAUUUGGAUUCGAUGAUUGAGUGUACGGAAGACGACUAUCACUCGGAAGAUGUUCAUUACGAAGCAGAUGACUUAAGUGAAGAAACAAAAAGAAAGAAGUAUCACACUUAUGGACGCAGGUUCUCAGAUAAAGAUUUUGGAGGAGAUAACGUCCACAGAUAUUACCAACAUUUACCCAUAUAUUACGAUGGAGAAAAUGAUGGACCAAUGAAGAAAUUUAAAAGAGUUUACAAUGCGAACAAGAUAGAAAAUUUAGAGAGGAAUAUUAGAGAGGAGGAUCUUUACUACCCCUCCGUCCCCGUACACUGGAAAGUCUAUGUCUGUCUUCUCCUGGACAAGAAAUAUAAUUACGAAAAUGAAAAUGAUAAACAAGUUUAUGAAAGAUUUAAUAAAAAUGUUCGCCAUAGAUAUGCUUUGGAAUUCCUCUCUUGGGUGAAACUUUCUACAAGAAUAUACCAGAACACAUCUAAAGUAUUAAUGACUUUCAAUUUAAAGAGAAAGGAAAAUAUUUUUGGCAACCUCCUCUUUUUUACCUCAGUAAAUCUACACUACGCAGAUAUGUUCUUGAAGUCUAAUCCUUAUGUGAAGCUAGGACUUUGCGAAGAAUUAUACUUAUAUGCCUAUGAACAGAACAAUGACCACUUCUUACUGGGUACCUUCCCAAACUUGUUCCUACAAAAAAAUUAUUUAUUUAUUAAAUUUUUCAAUCAGGACAAGUUAAACCACAUUAACGAUUUGUAUGAAAAGCACAUGCGUUUUUUUAUUCGUUCUAAUAUGAUUUUCAAGUUGGGCGUUUUGAAACAGGCUCCCAAGGACAACUUGAAAGAUCUCUUUUUAACUACUAAGCAAUACUUGCCUAUCACUGAGGCCCAGACAAAAAACGUUCUGGCCCAAUUCGAUGAGGAGAUGGGUGCCUUCGAGCACUGUUCUUCCGUGGAGGUCGACUCGGAUAGCACCAUUCGCCAGAUAAAGAGUGCCCAUCACAGGAUGAACGUAGCCAAUGAAGCGGAAAAAAUGGACUCGGCAAACGCUUCUAACAGUGAUAAUGGCGAUAACGACGCUGAUGCCCGUGAUGAUGUUGAUAUUGGUGGUGCCCCCACCGGGAAGUUCGCGCGAGAAUGUCUGGCCGAGCUCACUAUCGCCAACUGCAAGGACGAGGAGGAGGCGCAAGAAUUCCUGGAGAAGGAUCCAUACACCAGGAGUUGCCUUUACGAGAGCAUUUUCUUUUGCGAGGUGCGCGAAGUAGCUCCGCACGUACAGUACACAGAGGGUUAUAUCCCGAAGGCUAAGAACUACAUGGAUUAUCAUCACGAAGUAGAUACAAACUUAAACCCCAACUACGACCUGGAGGAAAAGCCGGAGUACAUGGAGAACAGAAGUCUUGCCCAGAAAAAAUUCGCAAACCACGAAAAGGUGGAUAUGGACAUUUUGGAUACCUUCAUCAAGUUGAAGUAUACCAAUAGGGAGGUCGACUGUGAGGGCGGGGAGGCAGAACAACUGGCACCUGAGAAAGAUCUAACAACAGCGGAGAAUGAAUCCGAAGCUACAGUUGAAUCCUCCCCACAACCUCCUAUCGCGCUUUUCAACUCGAGGAAGAAGAAAAAAAGGAUGAACAAACGAUACAGGGUAAAAAUUGUUGACUAUGAAAACGAAUACAUGGAGUAUCUUUGCAACGUUCAGAAUAAUAAGAUCGUUCACCUUAAGAAGGAAGAGAGAAAUAUCCCUUUGGACGAGGUGACCCCCUGUCCGUCGAGAGAUAUUUACGAUGUCCUAGUGGAAGAUAUGAAGAACCCAAAAAUAUACCGGAAGAAGGAUAUCAUCCUUGUCGAUAACACACUUCAAUUCUUCGAUCACAUUUUUUUUAAAGACUACCUAUCUAAUUUUGUGUACAUUACUCUCCCACCGGGUGAAUUUAUUGAAGAAGCAUAUGCCAUCAAAGACGAAAAAAAUUAUGAUUUUACUAUUUUUAACAAUUCUCUAGCUAGCCAAGAGGACUUCCUAAAAAGACAGAACUACCAGCCGAGGUUCUUAAAAGGUAUUUGGCUGAAAAAAGAUCAGUCCAAGAUUUUAUUUUACGACAAACAGAACAACGCACUCAUGUAUGGAACAGGAAUUGAUAAAACAUUUUCUUGGGACAAGAAAGUUCACCCUCGCAUUAUGAAGAGAGCACUGAUAAAUAUGGAAAUCGCUUUGGAAACCAUUCGACAGGGAAGCUGUAUCCUGAAUGAUGAUAUUACUGCGAAUCAAGAAACUGAGCGAACGAUAAAGGAGUACACGAAUGAGUACACUUCGUUCGAACAACGGUUCACAGCACCACAUAACCAACUGGUCUCGUCGCACGGCUACCCGGAUUACAAACCCCCCCCAGGACUGGAGUACCUGAACCCGCACAUCUGGGAGAAGACACCCGAGGAACACAAGGAGCUGAUUCUGGAUACGGACCGAGUGCAGAAGAUCCACUCCAAGUUUCUGAAGAAGUUAGAGCUAUACAAGGCGUCGAUUGACGACGACCCCUUCACGCAGGAGGUACCGACAGAGAGCGAUAUUUUAGGAAAUUCCAACAUGGUACAGGUGGACUACCUGUGA